AGUUUCUAUAUUUCACACAAGGACCCAUCUUAUUCAACAUAGUUUUUAGUUCAACACAAACUCGGACUGAUCCACGAGCUCCGGUGCGUAAAGGUCCAUUUUCUGGUCCCCUCGUUCUGACGCGUCACGUUGGGCGGAUGUCACAUCAGAGGCUCCAGCAGCCGGAGGAGACACAGAGCCGAGGCACGUGUGGAGUUCUAUACAGAGUCAUCAGACCGUAAAAGCAGGAGGCUCCUGGCGUGUGCCCGAGAGGAGGAGGAGGAGGGAGAGUGUAGAGGAGGAGGAGGAGGAGGAGGGACACAAUAAAACCCUCAGGUACAUCUGCUUUGCAAUCUGCAACACCCCCCCCCUCCCCUCUCCAUCCUCCCUCCUCUCCAUCCUCCCACACCCACUCUCCAAAUCCACAGGGGACCGCGGCUCCUCCUGAUUGGUCGGGGAUGAGGCAACGAGGGGCCGAGGAACAAUGUCAUCAUGUGUGUUAAAAAGAAGAGUUGAGCUAUGCUGAGGAGAAACAUGCUCUGGAGGAGGACACACGACCAGUAGGACACGAGACUGAAGGACGCAUCAGAUGUUUGAGUCCGUGCGCGGCUGAAAGUGGAUUUGUGCUCCGCGUCCAAAGUGCCUUCAUCCGUCAGUCCGGCGCCGACAUGCCCCGAGGGUUCCUGGUGAAAAGGAACAAGAAAACCAACCCGGUGUCGUACCGGGUUCGGUCUGAUGAGGAGGAAGCGGAGCCGGCGGCUGCAGACGCGCCACCAGCGCUGCCUCCGUCCUCCUCCUCCUCCUCCGCGUCUCUCUUCUCCGUCCCGGUGCGCGCACAGACGCCGACGCCCACCUGCGGGGCGGCGGCCACAGCCCCGGAGCGGGGCGCUAAACCGAUUCAGUUCGGGAACCCGGAGGCGGUGAACCAGGCGCUGUACAGCCCCACCCGCCCCGUCAGCCAGGACCACGACCGCUCCUACUUCGAGAGGCGCUUCAACCUCGGAUCGCCGGUUUCCGCGGAGUCGUUCCCCACACCCGCGGCGCUCACCGCCCUGGAUCACCUCUUCGCCCCGGUGGACCUGAAGAUCGCCUCCAGCAACAGCAACCGCACCGGCACCGGAGCCUCCUCCACCGGGACGCUCCCCGCCGCCUCCUCCACCGCCGGGACCAAGCGACCGUCCAGCGACACCGAGCGCAAAAGCAAACCGGCGUCCAAGAAAACCAAAGCCAUCCGGAAACUGCACUUUGAGGAUGAUGUCACCACGUCUCCGGUUCUCGGGCUCAAGAUUAAAGAGGCUCCGGUGGACCAGAAGCCUCCCAGACCUCCGCUCACCGGAGGAGACCACCACCCGCUGGGAGAGUUCGUGUGCCAGCUGUGCCGGGAGGCGUACGCGGACCCGUUCGCUCUGGCGCAGCACAAGUGCUCCAGGAUCAUCCGGGUCGAGUACCGGUGCCCGGAGUGCGACAAGGUGUUCAGCUGCCCGGCCAACCUGGCCUCGCACCGGCGGUGGCACAAACCGAAGCAGCAGAGUCCAGCGGAGGGAGACAAGGUCCCCGCGUCCGGUAAACCAGCGGCGGAGGAGCCGAAGGACUCUAGUGACAGGGACACACCCAGCCCCGGGCCGUCCGAGUCCGGCUCCGAGGAGGGACUGUACGACUGUCAUCACUGUGGGAAGAAGUUUAAACGUCAGGCGUACCUGAGGAAACACCUGGCGUCACAGCACGGAGCCAAACCGGCGGAGGAGGAGGCGGACGCGGCGGCUUGCGAGCAGAGCGCGGCGCCGCUCAACCUGAGCUCCUCCACCGGCCACGCGUGUCCGGUGUGCGGGGAGGGCUUCAGCAGCCGGGGCGGUCAGGAGCGACACAUCCGCCUGCUGCACUCCUCACAGGUGUACUCGUGCAAAUACUGCCCCGCCAUCUUCUACAGCUCCCCGGGACUCACCAGACACAUCAACAAGUGCCACCCGUCCGAGAACCGGCAGGUGAUCCUGCUGCAGGUGCCGCUGCGCCCCGCCUGCUGAUCCGGGUCCUCGGGCCUCGUUCACACCGAGAAGCUGGAAUCCGGUUUGUGAUCGUGACCGGACGCUUCACUGCAGAAUGUCAACAUGCAAUCAAGUCUGGACUCUGAGCACUUUGUGAAAGUGUCUCUAUUGACUCUUUGAAAUCAUCUCAUGUCUUCACUGGUUUUCACUCAUUUGGGGACGUUAGUUUAAAAAAAAGCACAAAUCAGAAAAGAAUCAAGUGGAAUUUUGUUUUUUUCAUAUUUAAUGAGGCAAAGAGAGAAAUUCAAGUUUAUUUUUGCAGCGAACAGAAAGUCCCAACCUUCAUCAUCCAUGCACCCACUUUUAAAAAGGUCAGAGGUCGGCCGCUCACCUGCAGCUGGAAGGAGUUCAGUGCCUUGCUCCAGAACACGUCAGCAGGUACUGGGUGCGUGUUCGAACCCCCACCCUGGCCUACAACCCGACACCUUAAAGGAUCUUUGACAUCACACACUUAAAAACCUAAAGCGUUAGACUGUUGAUGUAUUUUUCUAGCAUCUCUGCACAAGUGCUAUUAGCUUCUAGACCUAAGAGAGGGGCGGGCCUGUGGAACCAGACACCUCAUCUCUCACUGAGUAGCUUUAACAUAGAGCCGGUGGAUCCGUGGAUCUGUGGUGAAAACACAACCAGAUGAAACUAGCGUAGCCGUUAAUGCCUUGAUUAGAGACUCCUGCUGUAAAACUGCCUUAAACUCAUCGGAUUGUUUGUGUCACUGGUUCUUCUGUAUCUCACUUCACACUAUAUCCAACUCCUACGUUCUAUUUAUUAUUGUAUUUAUUAAAUUAUUUGUGUAAAUUAUUGCUCUGUGUCGUCAGACCCGUGCUGUGUUUUUCCACGACGUCUUAUUUUAACUUAUUGAAACGUGAGGACGCCGUGUGUUCGAGUGACAUUAUAGCAAUCAGCCGCUCUUGAAUAAUAACUGGAUGCAAUCAUGAUUUUUAUUUAAGUUUUUGUUCUUCUGGUUUUUCUUUGUCGCCCGUAGCUCUUACACUGCUUUGGAUGUUUCUGCAGUAUUUUUGCUAAAUGUCCAAAAAAGAAUAAAAAACCAAACUGAGAAACAA